AUGGCUCCCCCGCGUAGACAGCGUGAGAAAAAGAAGGCAGUUACCAAUGAGGUGAUCACCAAGGAGUGCACCAUUCAUAUGCACAAGAGGGUGCAUGGCAUUGGCUUCAAGAAGAGGGCCCCUCGUGCAAUUAAAGAGAUCCGUAAAUUUGCUGAGAAGAUGAUGGGAACAGCUGAUGUGCGCAUUGACAUCCGUCUGAACAAGCACAUUUGGUCUCAGGGCAUACGACAUGUGCCACACAGGCUGAGAGUGCGACUUGCCAGGAAGCGCAACGAAGAUGAAGAUUCCCCACACAGACUGUACACACUCGUCACACACGUCCCAUGUGCUGAGUUCAAGGGAAAACAAACCAUCAAUGUCGAUAAUGAAUAA